UGCCGAUCACGCAUCACAGACCGAAUCAACUCGCUCGGACUUUAACACCAGCUCGGUGAAUCCAUUCACAUUUAAUAUGCAGUAAACAUUAUGUUGGGUUGGCAUGGUCUUUCAGAGGACAAAGAGAACAUCAUAUAAAAGGAAUAAUCGCAGUCAACUUCAGUAUCAAGCUUCACAGCUGCAAAGAUGGCAUUCACUCUACGCUCGUUCUUCCUCCUCUUAGCGAUCUGUGGACUUUUUACUAAAGUCUCGUCUGUUCAGAAGACAAAAGUGAAAAAUAAUAACUGUCCCAAAGGAUGGAGUCGCUUGGACUGUCAUUGUUACAUCUACCAACCUGUCGCGAGGGACCUUCCAGAUGCAGAGAACGUCUGCAAUAUUCUUGGUGGAAAUGUAGUUUCCAUCCACAGUGCCCUGGAAAAUGCGUUUGUGCAUGAACUGUUUAGAGAGGAUAGGAGUAGUGAUGAUGACGACACUCUAUGGAUUGGACUCAACGAUGCAAUUGAGGCUGACACCUUCGUAUGGAUUGAUGGCUCAGAAUUUGAUUUCAACGGCUUUGAUACAGGUGACAGUGAGCCUGUUACCAGCAGUGAUGCUUGUGUAACGCUGGCUGAAGACGAUGGACUUUGGAACGUUGAAGACUGCUCAGAGGAAUAUCCGUAUAUUUGCAUCACCGAAGUUUUGACUCACUCACACUAAUCAUUACUCUUCCCGUACUGCCUUGAGUAACAAUGGAGCUCUCAAUGUGACCAUAUCACUCUUUUGUGGUAGAUUUGGAUGACUUGGUUUACUGUCAACUUUUUUUUCUUCUUCUGCAAUGCUUAAUAAUCGCC